AUGAGGCCCUCAUUACUCUCUGGGUCUUUGCUGCUAUACCUCUGCUUCCUCAUUGAUGAUUGGGCUGUGAGUGCAGUGAGAGUGCCGGUGGCCAGAAGGCGUGUCGAUCAUGGAAAUGGGGCAAGUAUGUCUUCUGCCAAGGGAGGACUGGACUUGAAGGACGCGGGGGACCUCAAUUACUAUACCAACGUUUUAAUUGACACGGGAAGUGCGGACUUGUGGGUAGCAGGGAAUGUACCUGGCGUGCAGAGCACAGGAAAGACCGCUACGAUAGACUAUGCGAUUGGGUCGGCGGACGGUAGGUUUCCUCGCUUUAUUUUGCAAGUGUAUCAAGGUGCAUAUUUUGAUGAAUACACAGUUGAGGACCAGGCUUUCGUUAGCGUCACUCCCGACAGCUCGCACCCCUCGGGCCAGGGCACCAUCGGCCUGGGGCCCAACAGCGACUCACCCCCCAACAUCUUGACCAUCCUCCUUGGCCGUUCGGACGACACAACGAAUCCGUUCCCAGGCGAGCUGACCAUCGGGCGCGUGCUGGAAGGGUACGAAAAUGUCACGGCGCAGCCGAAGCUCGUGGUGCAUUGGCAGACGUUAUUGGGUAAAGAUGGGAGUGUUGCGCCGGGUGGAGAGAUUGUGCAAGUGCAAUCAGUCGUGGAGGGACUGGACCAGCUUGUGGUGGUAUUUGACUCGGGGUUCUCCUUGCCACAAGUUCCGAGCACAGUCGCUGACGCGUUCUAUUCAAGAGUGCCAGGGACUAACUUCACGAUAUGUUCCUGGUGCUGGCGAGAGCUGAAUAUCACGUUCAAGUUUGGCGGGAUAAACUUUCCCGUAAACCCUUUGGAUGCGAGCCUGGCAAUGUUCAACGAGCGCAACGCUGAUGGAGAGCCUGUCUGUGUGAGCUCGUUCCAUCCUAUCACUUCUGCAGCUUCAUCAGAGUACGAUAUGAUUCUGGGGAUGGCAUUUCUGAGGAAUGCCUAUCUGCUGGUCGAUUUUGGUGACUUUGUCGAUGGCUCCAGUUCGCAAACGGCGGAGCCCUAUAUUCAACUACUCUCCACCACCGACCCUGCGCAAGCACACCAAGACUUUGUGCAAGAACGUUUGGGCGGUGUGGACAACACAUCAUCGUUCCACCUACUCCCCGCUUCCGCUUCGAAUAUGUCUCAGGGCAAUGACUCAAGCAAUACCACCGACGCCUCCCUGGCGGGGGAAAUAAAACCAUAUGUACCUUAUAUCAUCGCCGGCAGCGUGGCCUUGGGGAUCUUCUUUAUUGUGAUGGUGGCCUACUUCCUGACAAGACCAAGCCGGAAGGCGUACCAGCGACUGCACGAGCCUGCGCCCGCAGGCCUGCAUUACGAACAACCACCUUUCCCUCGUUACGAGCGGCCGUACCGUCGCUACUAAUGAAACACUGGACUCUGCAUGGACCAACGCACUAGGGCCGCUGUGAUUGUGACGGGCAACGGACCACUCACACAUCAUGUAUUAAAUUAUUGUAGCACGCAACGCUAUCGCUCUUGUUCUCGCCGCCCAUCGAGCCAUGAGGAGGCCUCACGACCCGUGCUUAUCUGGAGAAGGUGCUAGUCGGGCGCUGUAGAAGGGCAGUGCGCGGAGACAAACACCUUUGGUCACGGAGGAUACUUCGGGUUCUGGAACUGAAGACGCCGUCGCCGAUAGGGACGGCGUCCGCGAUGCGCGGGAGCCGGCUGCGAGUAGAGCCGCGUGCCCUUGGCAAUGCAUGGGCGCCCAAUGUCGCGAACGCAUUCACUCGUUUUCACUGUCGUCGUCGAGCGAAGGAGAAAGCUAGUCAGAGAGCAGAGAGCAGGGGCGGCAGCAUAGAGUUACCCUCCGGUGAUGCACCGGGUGG